CCCACGAAUCAAUUGCGUAAAUAAUAAGAUAAGAGUUUCAGAUGUACGCCCAAUUUGGCAAGACCUCUGUUGUUGUUCUUGUUGYUGUUGGUGGCCACAAACACAAAUAUGAGCAGUGUUGGCCAUUUUAGCUAAAUUGAGAGAAAUUCAUAUAUAGUUAAGAAACCGGACUCGGCCAUAAAAUAGCUGAACAACCAACACUGAUUUAUAGAAAAGAUACUUUUAUAUUUUGUUUGCCGUUUUCAGUGAAGCUUAAAACGUCGAGCGUGUACGUAGAAAUUGACUGAGGCGAGCUGCAACAAGUGCAACAAGUGAAAGCCAAUUACCAGAAAUGCCGCCCGUUCAAGUUCAGGCCAUCAAUAUGUCGCUGGGUGCAAUGCAUUGCACGAGAUGCUCUGACGGAUUCGAGCCCACCGAGAAGAUUGUCAAUUCCAACGGCGAGCUCUGGCACACGCAAUGCUUUGUCUGCGCUCAGUGCUUCCGACCGUUUCAGGAUGGCAUUUUUUACGAGUUCGAGGGACGCAAGUACUGUGAACGGGACUUCCAUGUGCUAUUCGCACCAUGUUGCAACAAGUGCGGCGAGUUCGUAAUUGGACGUGUCAUUAAAGCCAUGUCCGCCAGUUGGCAUCCGCAGUGCUUCCGGUGUCAGUUGUGCGCCAAAGAGCUGGCCGACAGUGGCUUCAUUCGCAACCAAAAUCGUGCACUUUGCCAUGAAUGCAAUGCCAAGGUGAAGGCAGAGAUAACGGGUCGCUAUGUGUGCCAGAAGUGUCAUGGCCUGAUUGACGAGGAACCGUUGCGAUUCCGUGGCGAAGUGUAUCAUGGCUAUCACUUCAACUGCUCGGCCUGUGGCACAGAAUUGGAUGCCACAGCGCGCGAAGUCAAGAGUCGGCCUGGCCUGGUCGCGAACGAUAUGAACGAGCUGUAUUGUCUUCGCUGUCACGACAAGAUGGGUAUUCCCAUUUGUGGCGCCUGUCGCCGACCCAUAGAGGAGCGUGUGGUCACAGCGCUGGGCAAACACUGGCACGUUGAGCAUUUCGUCUGUGCCAAGUGCGAGAAACCCUUCCUGGGUCAUCGCCACUACGAGAAGCGCGGACUGGCAUACUGCGAGACGCACUAUCAUCAACUCUUUGGCAAUUUGUGCUUUGUCUGCAAUCAAGUCAUUGCUGGAGAUGUUUUCACCGCAUUGAACAAGGCAUGGUGCGUUCAUCACUUUGCCUGCUCCGUGUGCGAUACGAAAAUGACGCAAAAAUCGAAAUUCUACGAGUACGAUGAAAAGCCAGUGUGCAAGAAAUGCUACGAACGGUUCCCUAACGAACUGCGACGACGCCUGCGCACCGCCCACGAGAUGACCAUGAAGAAGAGUGUCUAGUGGAAUAAGCUGUAGCAUUCAAUUGCCCAGCUCAGCUUUUCCAGCACACAAAAUCUACACCAAAACGUGUAAAGUCAAAGUGCCUAUUGCCGUUUAGUUCUUUGUUUGUAGUUGUCCACUUCUAACAUUCAAUGUUAAUUCUCAAAACUAAACAAAACACUGUGCCUUUUUCAUA